GGGAAGGGGGGGCGGUGGGGGUGUUCACGGCCGGCUAGACAUUCUGUGCUCGUGCAGGAGAGGGCUGCUACCAUCAGGGACGUGCACGAUUUUCCCCACCCCGCCCCCUCCCCAAACUAAAAAAAAAAAAAUCCAAAACAUUGCCACCGUCGUGCCCCCCCCCGGCCCCGCGUGCAUCCCGGCCCGCGCGCUCGGGGACGCGGAGAGCCCACGGCGAGCGUCGGUGGCCGUGCCAGGCAGCAGGUCUGGCGUGCCCCGGAUCAGAAUUACUCUGAUCUGAAGAUUUUGGUGUUCAGGGCAUUAAGAAAAUAGCCUCAGUUGUUCAUGGAGUUUUUCAUCAGUAUGUCUGAAACCAUUAAAUAUAAUGACGAUGAUCAUAAAACUCUGUUUCUGAAAACACUAAAUGAACAACGCCUGGAAGGAGAAUUCUGUGACAUUGCCAUUGUGGUUGAAGAUGUAAAAUUCCGAGCCCACAGAUGUGUUCUCGCCGCCUGUAGCACCUACUUCAAAAAGCUUUUCAAGAAGCUUGAGGUGGAUAGUUCUUCAGUGAUAGAGAUAGAUUUUCUACGUUCUGAUAUAUUUGAAGAGGUUCUGAACUACAUGUACACGGCAAAGAUUUCCGUGAAGAAGGAAGAUGUUAACUUAAUGAUGUCAUCAGGUCAGAUUCUUGGUAUCCGGUUUUUAGAUAAACUCUGUUCUCAGAAGCGUGAUGUAUCUAGCCCUGAUGAAAAUAAUGGCCAAUCAAAGAGUAAAUAUUGCCUCAAAAUAAACCGCCCCAUUGGAGAUGCUGCUGACACUCAGGAUGAUGAUGUGGAAGAAAUCGGAGAUCAGGAUGACAGUCCUUCUGAUGACACAGUAGAAGGCACUCCCCCAAGCCAGGAGGACGGCAAGUCACCCACGACUACACUCAGGGUUCAGGAGGCAAUCUUGAAAGAGCUAGGCAGCGAGGAGGUCCGAAAAGUAAACUGUUACGGCCAGGAAGUAGAAUCCAUGGAGACCCCAGAAUCCAAAGAUUUGGGGUCCCAGACCCCUCAAGCCUUAACAUUUAAUGAUGGAAUGAGUGAGGUGAAAGACGAACAAACACCAGGCUGGACGACAGCUGCCAGUGACAUGAAGUUUGAGUAUUUGCUUUAUGGUCACCAUCGGGAGCAGAUCGCCUGCCAAGCCUGCGGUAAGACAUUUUCUGACGAAGGCAGAUUGAGAAAACAUGAAAAACUCCACACUGCCGACAGGCCAUUUGUGUGUGAAAUGUGUACCAAAGGCUUCACCACACAGGCCCACCUGAAAGAACACCUUAAAAUCCACACAGGGUAUAAACCCUACAGUUGUGAGGUGUGUGGGAAAUCAUUUAUCCGUGCCCCGGACUUAAAGAAGCACGAGAGAGUUCACAGUAACGAGAGGCCAUUCGCGUGCCAUAUGUGUGACAAAGCCUUCAAACACAAGUCCCACCUCAAGGACCACGAGCGGAGGCACAGAGGGGAAAAGCCUUUUGUAUGUGGCUCCUGCACUAAGGCAUUUGCCAAGGCUUCAGAUCUGAAGAGGCACGAGAACAAUAUGCACAGCGAAAGGAAGCAAGUCACUCCCAGUGCCCUCCAGAGUGAAACAGAACAGUUGCAGGCCGCAGCCAUGGCUGCCGAGGCAGAGCAGCAGUUGGAAACAAUAGCCUGCAGCUAGAGGUGAAGGGAUAAACUGGAACCCAUGGGCUGGCCUGAGAGGCAACACUGAGAUUGCAUCUAUGGGACAGAAUCCCUGUGAACACCAGGGACUGCUGUGGAAGCACACCUGAGUGUACUCACUGGACUUUGGCAGUGAUUAGAUAUUUUUAAACUUUUUAAGGAAAUGGAGUUCCUAAGUUCUGACCCAACAGUGUGACUGUCUUGUGUAGUGUCUAGUAUUCAUGUUGCCAGGAAGCUCCCCUCCCCUUCUUUUCUAUGGUUUGGAGAACUCCGGUGACCAGUUUAAAGAGAGAGACUUCUAUGUCACUUUCAAUUCCUCUCCACUUGGCAGGCUGGAGAGCAUGCUGCAUAGCAUAAAUAACUGAGUAAAUCGAUUUCCUAAUCAUCAAAGUGUACAUGACUUAUGGUCAAAACAGCAUUUUUUAACGACUUAAGAAAAGUAUUUCAUACAGGCGCAGAAAAUGUCAGCAGGUGGUUGACCCAGGAACACUGCGCAGGUCUGAAACCAAGUUCUGGAAAUGCAGAGCGGUAUUAGAUUAUUUGGUUUGUUAAUUUUUUUUUUAUAUCACUGUUUUUUACUGUUACUGUGAACAAACAAUAAUUGCUUUGCUGAACUGUUUCUCCAUCCAUGUUGAUUGCCCUCAAACCUACAUCAAAAGCUGUAGUCACACAUAUUGAAGGCCAAGCAAAUCCACCACAAUGCUUGUGGUUUGGGGACUAAGUUCCUAGAUUUCUCCUUGUUGGGGGCAUUGCCACUCUGCAGCAGUCGGGAAUUGUGGAGUGGACCCAUGAUGAGAGGAGUAGGAAAAGCUCUCAAGAGUUAAGGUUUUCACAUGUGUGACAGUUCCAAGAUGUCCUAGAUCAAAAUGAUUCAGAAUUGAUUUUGAAAUUGGACUUAACAUUUAAAAUCAAAAUUAAGACAAAAAGCAGAUACGCUCCUUCAGAUAACUUAUAUACAGUUUAACAAUCUCAUCAGGCUUCUCAGCUCCCUAUAACAUGGUUUUCCCAUUAAGGACAUGCACUAUGCUUACUUAAAUAAAUUUAAAUUUUUUAAGUGUGUAAAUAGUAGUGUUGGUUUUAUAUAUUUCAAGUUCAAGGAGACAGCUGCACUUUUUUUUUUUUUGCACAUUGGAUUAAAAUACCUUCCUAUCUGCAACAGAUGCCAUCAGAUCAUUUUAAUUAAUACGUCAGACCAAAUGUUUAUGUUCUUGAAGUAUAGUUCAUCCCUGGUUACAGUUCUAAAUAGAAGUUGAUGCCUUUUUGUAGCGGCAAAUCAGAAUUAUAAACUCUUUCAGAUUUGGUGUACUAAAUAUUCUUUUAACCAUUUCCUUAAGAAUAUAUUGAAAUGCAGACAAUUGUUUGAAUUAUGUUCUGUAAGAAAAUAUUAGUUAUUUAGAAUGUGUAAACUUGUAGAGAUGCCAACACUUUAAAGUUCAAGUUUGGUUGCUAGAAUUUUUCUUUUUAAAAAAAUACAUUGGAGUAAUUUCAUAGCUUGCUGCAUUAACACCUGUAAUUACUAUUGUGGGGAAAUUUUUAUUUUUUAAAUUGGUGUAAGUGUUAUGCCAGGAUAGUAGAAUUGAAGAUGCUACCUUUUAAAAAAAUUUUUAUUUAUUGGUAAAUGUUUAAUUUAGUUAAAAAUUAAUUUUCCUUAAAAGUUUAUUCUGUACUAAAAGUAGUCCUGUCACUGUUUUUAUGUCAUUGGUAGAAGGGGAGCUUGACUGGUUCCUAGGCUGUUUUAACCAAAGCAAAGGUAAAAGAAUUUAACAUCUUGUCUGUAACUACUUCAGCAAACCAUAUUUUGGGCCUUCAUUUUUGUAUAUAAAAGAAAAUACGCUUCUA